AUGAAAUCAUCAACAAGAUUUCCAAAAAUGAUGCCAUCGUAUAUAGUUGCAUUUGCAGUUCACGAAACUUAUGACGACAUAGCAACUGCCCAACAAAUGAUUUGCAACAAAAGAAGCUUGCAAGGUAGUCAUAGUUCGGGAUCUCCAACAAUGUCGACUAAAACUAUUACUUUAGAUGACAAUUCAAUGAUAAAAUUGGUUGAUCCAAAUCAUUCUGAAAAAAUCAAUGACGUAAAGAUAACUAUAGAUGAUGAAGUAGAGAAUCAAAAAAGUGAUUCCUCAGAAGAUUUAGCUUUACAUUCUGGAGACCGCAAUGAAGACUGCGAUACUGAUAAAGUGUUUGAAAUACAAAACCACAUCAUUGAUAAUCGUAAUAAAGAACAAUCUAAUGAGGAAGAGAUUGUUUAUAUGGAACCAGUCGACCCAGAUUUAGCCAUAAGUAAUCAAAACGGACAUAUUCCAAGAGCAACAAAGAAGAAAAUGGGAAACCGCAAUAAAAUUAAAAAGAUGCCUUUUAAAUAUAAUAAAACAAUUAAAAAUGAAGACAAACGAGUGGUCGUAAAAAUGAAAGACACAUUUUAUACUAAUUCGUUGUCACAUAUUGUAUCUCGUUCUAAAUUAUUGAAAAAAGUUAUUACGAAAGAAAACAUACUUGAUCUCGAGAAUAUAACAUCAUCGGGUCAAGCUAAUACAGAUGAAGAUUCCCUUCAGUCAUCACCAUCAACUAUCAAAACAUCUUUUGAGAGUAACUUUAGUGAAAAUACUCUUAAAAUUGGAAGUUAUAGUUCAUUAAAGAAUGAAAUCAGCCGGUUAGAUAUUAGUAAGUCAAUCGAGAACAUACAGUCAAAAAAUGUGCUGCCAUAUGGCAAAGACGUUGUGAAUGUUUCUGUAGCGGUUACUUAUAAACCAUCACCGGUUAACGAAUGCAAUGAAAAUAUUAGGCCGCUUGCUGAUAAUUUUAUCAAUACUGAAACAUUUAUAUUUCCAUCAAAUAUGAAGAUUUCUGAUUCAACAUCUAGUCAAUGUUUAGAUAAAGAUGAUUAUUUGCAAAAUAAACAAAGUAUUAGCCCUAGUGAUAAAACACUUACCUUGGAACCAAGUUAUUUGAACGAUAAUAAAAUAGUAGGCGAAGAAAGUUCCGAGCUGGGUAAUUUAAUGAUAGACUCAGAUGAUACGUUAACACCGAACUCAGAAAAGUUUAUGUAUUCCGAAAAUCUUCAUCCAAAAACUUCAGCUUUUAAUAAUUCAGACAAAAACUAUGGUAGAAAAGCUCUGUUAAAUACUGUUAUGGGAUUAUUUCCAGAUAUCAAUGCCUCGACAAGUUCAGCUAUUAAUUUCAGCGAUAACUGCACUAACGUCUAUGUAACUGGUGAUUCCAAUAAUUUUUUAAGAAUCACGAAACACGAUACAAAAAUUGACGACAAACAAAAUAACAACAAAACUGCUCUGAAAAAAACAUUUGAAAAUAAUAACGAAUAUAAAAAACUCAAAGAUAUAACGUUACCUAAUGAAUCUGCCAUUCAAACUAUGUUCAAUGAUACUGAUAAAUACUGCUCUGGGGAAGUUGAAAACUACCCUAAAAAUAUAAAUGAACUCUGGGAUAGAUUAGUAUAUGUUGUGGAUAAAGCAGUGAAAAGACUAGAAAAUUCUCUUACCGAAAAGUUAAUUACCGAAAUGAGAAACUCAUUUACUAUUAUAGAGAGUAAUAUUAAUAAUUUUGCUCAAGGAAAUAAUUUAGGAAGCCGUAAUUAUAAUAAAUUUUUUUCGAAUAAAGAGGUGGUUGUAGAACGAGAAAAUAUUUCUCGAAGUCAGAAUUUACAGUGUACUCUAAUUGGGAAUCAAAUAAUCGACAAUAUUAUGUUAAAAUUGAGCUUAGACAAGCAAAAUAUUGAAUUUCCAAAGAUUUCACGUAAAUCAAUGCAGAAACUUAAAGAGCCUAAUAUCUUGGAAGACUAUUUUGAGGUAUUAAAACCGCCUUUACAUGAAGCUAUAGUAAUUGAAACUAAGAAAGAUGAUACUGUUACUCUAUCUCCGGGUCCUUCGGAACUUGAAGCGAGUAGGUCUUUUCGUCGUGCGAAAUCGUUCUUUGUCGUUCCCAUGAAGUUUAUUAGAGAAAAUAUUGUGGUUAUAGCGAGUGUGCCUGCAUUUUUCCUCGGUCUUUUAUGUCUUUACGGUAUUAUUAUUUUGAUAAUGAAAGUGUUGUAA